AUGGAGUCUCGAGUCAUAGCAACUGCUCGUCGACGUCCUCGCCGCACUUCCGUAGAUGCCAUAAACACUGCAAGCAGUUCGCGCCAAAUUAAUAAUACCCCUCAACCACAACUCACUAAUACUUUUGCCACACCGCAGAAACGUCCUUAUGAUGUCAUUGACUUGACCAAUGACGACGACGAAAAAGAUCAGGAGAGUAGCUUUGUCGAAACUAAUAAAACUUUUGUGACGCCUGCCCUAUCGUCCUUUAACACUUCAGAUAUGGCCGUUGUAGAUACCGAAACAACAGUAUUAGUUACAGAUAUUCAUGAUAAUAAUAUUAACACUUCUUAUCGCGAGUGUCCUCUCUGUACUUUUCAUAAUUAUCCGGAGCUUAUAGAAUGUGAAUUGUGUGGAACGAGUCUUAUUACAGAAUCUGAUAUUUCUAAUGAUGCACAGCUUCAACAAUUGCAAAUGAUCGAAAACGAUCAUGCUUUUGCCCUUCAAUUACAGCGAGAAUUAGGAUGGGGACGUGGGGAUAAUAUGGACGACGAAGAUGAAGGUGAUUUCUCAGAAUCAUCGGAUGAAGAAAUGUUAGUCACGGUUCCAAGCGAUGAAGAGUCUGAAGACGAUUCUUCAGACGAAGAACAAGAAAAUGUAGGACUAGGAUCAAACAGACAACAACCUGUCGCACCUGUGCGUUUAAGAAAUUCAGAAACAACGCGGCCGCCGAUAGCCACUGGGCUUUGUGAAAUUUGUAGGGAAACUUACACUCGUUUAGAAUAUGGAUCUAAUUCAUGUCCGGAUGCAUUCUGUGUGGAAUGUUGGCACACAUAUCUCAGUAUGAAACUAAAAGAGCAUAAAUUUCCAUGUCGAUGUCCAGCUCCACGGUGUCGAUCCGUGGUCAACCCCGAUAACGCAUCAAGGCUAUUUCGAUUGCAACCAACAAACCCAAUUGCUAGUACUAGCUUGGAAAAUACAGUGAAUGUUCUCGGCAGUAAAUCAGAAAUUGAGAGUUUAAUACAAAAAUUCAAACGAUUGCAUGAUGAAGCUAUCAUGCAAAACACUUGCAUGGGAUUUCAGGAUAUUGAACGCGCAAAAGGGAGUGCCAACACAUUAGAAGAACAGCAAACAUUGUCUGCAAUUCGAAAUCAAAAAAUGCAAAAAUGCCCGAAUUGUGGUUUCUGGGUAGCAAAAAGGAACGGAUGCAAUCAUAUCGCUUGCUUCUGCGGGGAAGACUUUUGUUAUCGAUGUGAAGCUGGAAAUAUUCAAGAUAAUCUGAAAAACUCGAAGAAAAUGUCAACCGAGAUCGUCGCACCCGCACCUACUGUUAUCACAACGAAUAACGUUGAACAACUUGAAACGGCCGUUAUUGAACAAAAACAGACGACAUCUGGACUAAAGUCCUUUAUAUCCGGCGGGUAUGGCGGGGUAGCGGCGGUACUUGUUGGUCAUCCAUUUGAUCUAAUCAAGGUACGAUUGCAAACAGCCCCCGCAGGCGCGUACACCGGUAUUCUAGAUGUAACGAAACAAAUCAUUGCAAAAGAUGGACUUCGAGGAGGCAUGGGUCCGCCAUUAGUGGGGGUUACGCCCGUUUUCGCCGUGAGUUUUUGGUCCUAUGAUCUAGGAAAGAAGAUAGUGUACGCCGUAACACCAAAUCGUACAUCUCAGACGCUAAAUCUUGGAGAAAUUAUGGCCGCCGGAUUUUUCUCAGCCGGCCCAACAACUCUCCUAAUGGGUCCAUUGGAACGAGUUAAAGUCCUAUUACAAGUACAAGGUCAAGGAGGUGAAGCGAAAUACAAAGGACCUAUUGAUGCUGUAAAACAAUUAUAUAAAGAAGGCGGAAUAAGGAGUAUCUUUAGAGGAUCGCCUGCUACGUUCUUGCGUGAUGGACCGGGGUCUGCCGCUUAUUUUGGGGUUUAUGAGCUGAUGAAACGUUUGUUGACGCCGAAAGAUUCAACUCCUGAUAAGUUGCAUCCUGGGGCAGUGCUUUUUGCAGGAGGAAUGGCUGGUAUGUUGGAUUUUCGAUAUUGUUUUGUUCAACUAUUGACCUUAUUGAUUUCUGAUUUAUCUAAUAUAAACUAUGUAUCAAAAUCUCAGGCUCCGGCUGGUACAUAUUCGAGUACUCUUGACGUUUUACGUCACCUACUAAAAACAGAUGGUCCUGGUGCAUUAUUCAAAGGACUUGGGCCGGCUAUGUUGCGUGCGUUCCCAGCAAAUGCUGCAUGCUUCCUGGGAGUCGAAUAUAGUUUGAAGGCGAUGAAUUAUUUAUGGUGA